UUUUGAGUAAGGUAAUUGAUUAAUUUAACUUGUGAAAAUGCCUAAAAUGAUCUGUUCUAACUUUCUUCAAAUCCCCACAUAGUUUACCAAAUAUCCCUCCUAAUUCCCAAAGUCAUCAUACUUCUAAUGUACCUAAGAGAACCCACACACAUUCAGUUUCAGAGAAGCUGUAUUUCUCCUGACUUGUUUGAGAUAGAUUAUACUCUCCCUGACCCUUUUCAAAGAAGUCACUCUCCCCCUGACCCACUGCAAAGAAGCUGCAUUUCCCCUGAUCGGCGUCAGAGAGGGAUUGUUUAUCACCAGCCACAAGGACUAUUAAGACAUCAAGCUGUUCUUGAAACUUCCCUCCUGCGUAACAUUCUCACAAAUCAAGAGAUCAUGAUGGACCAAAUGAAGAUAAUCUAUAGGACAGUUCAGGGUCUAAAAUCUGUCAGUGAAGAAGACAUAGGCCUUGAAGCAAACCUACUGCCAGUAGCUGAUCUUCAGUCUCUGCAAAACUUGGAGGAGCGAUUGAGAAAAUUUCCUGACUUUCAAAAGCAAUUGAUAAGCAUGUUGGCAAUGAAAGGUGGGACAGACACCAGAGAUGGAGUUUGGAGAAUAAUGACAGCAACAAUCACAAACUCCCUGGCCAAGAAUAUAAAUAUGCGUGGUGUUAAUGGGAAGAUCAGCUUUAAAAGCUUGCAGUUACGAAACAUUGUUCUUGCUGCUGUGAGAAAAAAUCGCCUCACACAACAUGCCACCGAUCAGGAGAUUGAAUCAACCAUUCAAAGAUGGCUUCAGCUUGCUCCUGAUCGAGAUGGAGGAAGGAGAGAGCGCUUAAGGAAAAAAGAGGCCCAAAUAGGAUCACUUUCUCCCACACACGCACAUUCUGAUGUGUAAAUUUUUUUAAUUUGCUCUAUGUUUGUUUAGAGUAAAUAAGAUUAUAAUGUUCAAAUUUCAGUACUAGAUUUAUUUUAGAUUCAUUUAGUUAGGUAGCUCAUAUAGCGUUCACACAGUUGCACAACUCUAGCUAUCCUUUCUUUUCUUUUUUUGGCUUGUGCAUUACUA